AUGAACUUCCUCAAGACGCUCGGGGGGCUCGUGGGCCCGAGCGCCACGGGCGGUCUGCCCUACUCGAUCGACACGCCGGCGAUGGACGGCAACGUGGCAGCCAAUGGCGCGACCGGCGACAGCGUCGUGUUCGAGGGCCUGCCGGACUUUGUGCUGCACUCGGGCAAGAGCAGACAGGACCCGUACCACUCGGUGUCCAUUUUCAAGUCCCGGCAGCCGGCAGCGCAGCUCACGCUCAACGCUCUGCGCCGGACGAAGACGCUGCGUCACCCAAACAUUUUGGCGUAUCAGGACGGCAUUGAGGCGCCGAACAACGGCCCUGUGAUCAUCGUGACGGAGCACGUCAUGCCCCUGCCCGAGUUCCUCACGGCGCUGCGCAUGGAGUACGGCGCUCAGAGCGAAGAGUUUGUGAUGUGUGUGUCCUGGGGACUGCGCAGCGUCCUCCUGGCGCUGCAGUUUAUCAACGUGGACUGCAAACUCAUCCACGGUCGCCUCAUGCCUCAGAGCAUUUUUGUCACAAAGGGUGGGGACUGGAAGUUGGGCGGUUUUGAGCUGACGGCCGAGAUCACGAGUGAUGGCCCAUCGCACAUUUUCACCGCUUUCCAGCAGUAUACAGACGUCAGCUACAAAUCGCCAGAGUGUCAACGCUCCGAUUGGAAGGCGGUAGCGACAGGACCACCUUACGCCGUCGACAUGUGGGCGUUUGCUUGUCUUAUGUUCUAUGUGUUCAAUGACGGUCAGUUCCGAUCAAGCGACAUUUCGACGGGCGCAAAUAUCCCACCGGCGAUUCGGACUCAGUUUCGCAAAGCUACCGACGCUGAUGCUGCUCGGAGACCAAGUCCGCAGAAGAUGUUGGGCUGCAGCUACUUUGAUACACCGUUCAUCAAGCGGAUGGAAUUUCUGGAGAAUCUUGCUGUUAAGAAUUCAGAGGAGAAAGUGGCGUUUUACAAAGAGCUCUGUGCCAACAUCGAGACGUUGCCGCGCUGCUUUGGCGUACACAAGAUUUUACCAGCUCUGAAACAAGUCGUGGAGUUUGGUGCGAUAACUGGCGCGAAGAACGGGCCUGUAAAGCUGGACCCGUCGGCUAGCCACAUGCUUCCGGCUAUGGUUCAAAUUGGCAGUUCAUUGUCCGCCGAGGAAUUUAAGACUGAGGUUCUUCCGAUCAUCGUGAAGCUAUUCAGUUGCAAUGAUCGUGCGGUCCGUGUGCAGCUAUUGCAAAUGAUGGAAAAGUUUACCGUUCACUUUGAUGCAAAGCUUGUGAACAGCGCGGUUAUCUUCGAUAACAUGUGCAGCGGUUUUACAGACGCAGCUCCAGUGUUGCGCGAGCUCACUGUCAAGUCGAUGUUGCACAUUGCAGACAAGUUGUCCGAUAGCAAUCUCAACAAUCGCGUCAUGAAGUAUUUUGCUAAGCUGCAGUCGGAUCCGGAGCCAGCUAUUCGGACGAACACUACUAUUUGUUUGGGAAAGAUUGCGAGCAAAUUGAAUGACACAACGAGGCCGAAGGUGCUGUUCCCAGCAUUUGCAAAGGCGCUGAAAGACCCAUUUCCGCAUGCGCGUCUUGCUGGACUUCGCUCAAUGACUGCGUGUCAAGAGUACUUUACGCCGCAAGGUGUGGCUGGCAGCAUCGUUCCAGCUAUCUCGCCUCUACUUCUUGAUGUGUCGGUCACAGUCCGAGACCAAGCAAAGAUCUCAAUGGAUGGUUUCAUGAAGACUGUGAUCGACGAAGCCGAUCGGAUGAAGGUUGGGGAAGAGCUCGAGGCAAAGGAACGUGAAUUGAAGCACGCCCUGGGUGACGUAGACGAUGCUGGGGUGAAUGAAGUCGUCCUCGCAUCGUCAAGUGGCGGCCACAGCACAACCGGAUACGCGUCUUCUCUGACAGCUUGGGCGUCUUCGGCCAUGGCAUCUAACGUGAACAAGCUAGUCGGGAUCGGUGCAUCGUCGCCUGCAGUGCCUGCGCUGGGUGCGUCAGCUGCCGCUCCGUCUUCACAUUCGUCCUCGUUCUCGAGCACCAAGACAGAAGGCAAUGGCGCUAGCUCGUUGACCACAUCAUCAUCAAAGCACAACAGCUUUAACACAUUUCCAGUAAACGAUGAUUGGGACGACAACGACGACGACCUGGAUGGUCUGGACAGCCCUAAGCGUUCGAGCUCCAGUUUCAGCGCGCCGCUUUCGGUCAACCGUGGGACCAAAUCAUCAAGUGCGUCCCCAGCGACAUCUUCGUUGUCCAAGUCAAUGUCCUCUUCGACUUCGUCCGUCAAGCUAAGCGUAUCUCGUACACCGGCAGCGAAUACAACCACUUCUGCAUCGCGAACACCCGCAACAUCGACUUUUGCGAUGGACGCUGCUGACAGUGAGUGGGGAGACGACAACUGGGGUGCUGAUGACGAGCUUGGCUUCAGCGCAUCAGCGCCAGAGGCAAGCAGGCUUAGCAUGGGCGCUCCGAAAGGAGUCAGCGGAACGAACUCGUCUACCCUAAUGACCAGCGCCGCAUUGACACCCGGUACGUCUGUCGGGUCUUCGUUGAAGGACAAGACGGCAAGUGGACGUCGCGCGGAAGCUCAAGUAAAAGGCAAGGCAAAGCGUGAGCAACUAGGCGCAAUGAAGCUGAGUUCCACGGCGAGUGAAAAAGCGGAUAACUGGAAUUGGGACUUCUAG